UACAGUACUCCUUUCAAUCAUUCCCCAUCUCCUCCUUUUCAAAUAACCACCCAACCAUGGAAGAAGCCAUGAGAAGGCUCAACGGCACCGACCCCGAACCCAUCCUCUACCCCUCCUCCGCCCCAAAGCGCCGCGCCACCAACAAGCACUCCCCCUCCCCCGCUGGCGCCAUCAGGUACCGCGGAGUCCGCCGUCGCCCCUGGGGCCGGUACGCCGCCGAGAUCCGCGACCCCCAGUCGAAGGAGCGUCGCUGGCUCGGCACCUUCGACACCGCCGAGGAGGCCGCCUGCGCCUACGACUGCGCCGCCCGUUCAAUGCGCGGCGUCAAGGCCCGCACCAACUUCGUGUACCCCACCUCUCCCAUCCACCCCGCCCACGAUAAUCAUAAUAUCAUCCCUCCCUUCCACUUUUCCAAAUCACCUCUCCCCUUCCCAAACCCUAAUUUUGAUCUCAACGGAUCUUCCAAUAUGCUUCUCAUCCGCGACUACCUCAACACCUCCAAUUCCCUAUAUUCCGACUUCAAUCGCCCUUCAAACCACCACAACAUGCCUCUUAAUAUCCUUAACAACAAUUCUUCCUUUUCCACCUCUCACCCUUCCACCGCCUUCAAGCGCACCUCUGAAGUUAACAACAAUUCGACAAACGCUGAUUCUACUGGAAUUUUCUGGAGUGAGAGGUCUGAUUCAGGUUUGUUAGAAGAAGUUAUACACGGCUUCUUCCCCAAAGUCAAGGCGGAGCCACCCUUGGUUAUCAAUGAAGCUGCAGCAAAGAAUGGAUUUGUAGGUUUUCCGGUUGAUAACCAAACGGUUUAUUCACAAUUCGGUGGCUUCAACUCUUAUGGAGGAGAAGCGAGUUCAAGCACUGUUUCGAGUGGAAUAUUUGGGGACAUUUUUCACUACCAAGAAGCUCUAAGUCUGGUUGCAGACAGACUGCCUAAUGUUUGAAACUUAUCAAGCUAAGAUAUGUUAUUUUAUGUUUACUUUUCAAUUAGCAGUCACAUAAUUUAAAUCCAGUAGUAUUUGUGGAUUAAUUGUAAUACUUUUAGUCGGCGGAAAAAUAGGAAAUUAUGUACCCCCUUCUUCAAUGAAGUAUGUAAUUUUCUAG